UGGCACUGCCUCCAGUGACGUUGGCAUAAGACCGUCUAUCACAUUCAGGAACUAUCCUGAGGGUGUAGAGGGAAUUAUCGCUCUCGACUCACAACCCCAAUCUUGACCAGGAUAAUCCUCAUUCCCGAUGCCGAAUUUGACACAAACGACCUUGCCCCCAUCCCUAGAGUAGUGCAAUUGUUGAGCGCCUGACUCCUCAGCUCUCCCUUCCGUUCCCCUCCCUCCCACUACGGCUGUGCCAUGUUGGGAACCUGUGUGGAUUGCAGUCACUACUAGCUACCAUAACGCAUACCAAUGCAGACCGCCUUCAUCCUUACGCUAAGUGCUGGUUCCUGGUGUUUCAUGGUCACUGGCCAUCGAAUAGGUAGUCGGGGAUAAGCUUCAGCGGCGCAAUGAGCCGGUCCACUUCCACCCUCUCGCGGUCCCCGUCCUCGUCAACCCAACGGCCGUCGGCCCCCGAAUUAAGUCCUGUCCUCGAUAGGUUGACAGUUAUCUGCGGGGAGGAUAUAGUAACGUCUCAGAUUGCCUCCACUGCAACCGAAUGCCUGCUUCGCCUUCGUCACACAUUCAUCGAUAACAAGCACCCAACAGAGGCAAAGGAGACCUUCCGACAUCUGCAUGGGUUUCAGACCCUGCUAGACCUUCUACGAAAGAUCUCACAAGGUUAUGAUUCGCAAGCGUCAUCCAAGGAUGAGAGGAAGGAUCUGCUAUCCGUGUACAAAGAUGCGUUGGCAGUUCUGGCCGAGAGCUUGAGGGAGCAUGUCGGGAACAAAAGGUACUUUGCGAACCGGAUCGCCGGGGGAGGUGAAGUGGCAUUGGAAGAAGCUUUCAAGAUCUUGGCUAGGAAGGUAGACUCCAUCCAAGGUGAUACGGAGCAAUUUUACGGUGCGAUCUUAGCAGCGGCCCUUUGCCAGGAGACAGUUGCCAGUAUAUUCACAACCCUGAGUACUAAAUUCCAAACUGCCGAGGAGCUAUCUUUGGAUGGCAUUAGAGAAGAAGUGGACCGAUGCGUAGGAAAAUCAGAAACAGUCGAAGUGCCAGAGCUCCUGGGCCCAUUUGUUCGAGUAUGGCUUACCCAGUCGUCUGCCUCCAUAUCCGAGCACAGAGUCCAGAGACUAGCCGUGCCGGCAUGUCUAGUCCAACUCGCCGCACAGUCUCAGAGGAAUAUCACGAUGCUGCACUCCACUGGCAUUAUAACACUGAUUCUGCCGCUUUUAUUCAACGAGGAACGCCCGGAACCCGAGAGACAACUCUAUCAAGAGUUAGCAAAAAUGCUCUGUGCUCUGGGAAUCAGUAACUUGAAUGAUGUGGCUGCUUUAUACCAACAAGCCCAUGAUUGCCCCAAGGUCCUUCAGUUCCUGGUUGAUGUUUUGAAGUGCUCUAAGGAACCUCCUUCAAUACAGUUCGAUUUAUCGUUGCAUGGUUAUUGCUCUUUAGAGUUAUCAACCAUGGGCCGCUCAUUCCCACCUGCAACUUCUUCUGGUUAUACUCUAGCAGUCUGGGCCCGCUUUGACCAAUUUGACAAGAAUACUCACACGACAAUCUUUGGAGCCUUUGAUGCCAGCCAAACUUGCUUCCUGCUCGCAUACCUUGAAAAGGAUACUCGCAACUUUAUAUUGCAGACCUCGAUCAAGGGAGCUCGUCCUAGCGUUCGAUUCAAGUCCAUAGCCUUCGAGCCUAGCCGAUGGUACCAUAUCUGUGUGGUCCAUAAAAAGCCCAGGCCACCGUCAUAUUCUCGGGCGUCUCUCUUCAUAGAUGGUGAAUUUGUUGAGCAAUUGCGGAUAGACUAUCCAUGCAUGCCGGUUCCCAGCGCUCCCAAUAGGCCGCCUAGAGUUCAAUCGUUUUUCGGGACUCCACAAGAUCUGGCUAUGAGACUUGGCAAGGGGAUCUCUACCUCGCGAUGGUCCCUAGCUAAUGCAAUUUUAUUUGAAGAAGCAUAUAGUGACGACAUGAUUGCCGUGUUUUACAAUCUCGGUCCACGUUACUACGGGAACUUUCAAGACUGCUUAGGUUCCUUCCAGACGUAUAAAGCUUCCGCGGCCUUGAAUCUACGUAACGAACAUAUGCACCCCGGUAAAGAGGAGUCAUCAGACAUUGUCACUGCUAUCCGGCGAAAGGCAAGCACUCUUAUUCGCGAAGAAUGCAUAGCAGUUAAUGUUUCUCCACUAUCUGUUCUAGAUGAUGAUGAUAGUAACAAUAUUGAUGAAACCCGACUCCUCAAGUAUCUCUCUAAACAGGCAGCCAAAAACCUACAUCAGCUAACAAAGUCUGGAGGAAAUGCAGUAGCGGUCAAUGGCGGGACCCCUGCUAUUAACGAUGCUUUAACCCAGGCCCAUGGUAUCGGUAUAUUAACGGGGGACCCUGUAGUUGCGAUACCGCAAGCCUUGGAUGACGCGAGUUGGCGCAUCGGCGGCUGUGCGGCGGUUCAUUUGAGCUUGGUUCAUGCGGCCAGGAGUGCUGAAUCUACACUUUUGGCGGUCGAAGCGCUGUAUGAAGCUGUACAAGACAAUUGGCGAAAUAGCGAAGCAAUGGAAAAGGAGAAUGGUUAUGGAAUCCUUGCGGCAUUGUUGCGCGAAAAACUGGCAUGGCCAGCAACGGGUGCUACCACGGGCUCGAAGACGUCCAACGUCUGCUCCACAUACGAAGAGCGAUCUACACUGGCAUUCGACCUCCUUCGUUUGACCCUUAAGUUUGUCGGCUAUGAUUUUGACCAACCGAAUCGCUCCAUCAUCACGAACCCACUAGCAUAUAGAGUCUUGCUCGUUGACCUGGAGGUGUGGAGAUAUGGCGAGAUGUCUCUUAUUGAGUUGUAUUAUUCCCAAUACUGCAUAUUCGCCAGUGAAAGCAAGUUCCGUCGGUUCAAUGCAAAGCGCCUCGCCCGCAUGCGUGUUAAUAAAAAGCUACUCGAGGCUCUUAAGGGUGAGGAAUUUACAAUGGAGGGACUGCGACUGUUUACUUCGGCCUUUGGAUCGUUGAUGGAAGGCUGCCUGUCAGCAGAUUUGCUCCGUUUCCUAGCACUCUUCAUCACCUAUGGUAUCCACAAGCCAAAGGAGCCAAGCAGGUUACAGAAAAAAAAGAGCCUCCGAUUCACUACUGCUGCAAGGCAGCCCACGCCCAAUCCCGAUAAGAAGUACGUUUCAAGCACUACGAUAGCGAUAGAGAUGCUUAGGAUGUAUUGCUCUCUUCUAUGCAAUGCACAUGACCUGGGCCCGAUUAAGAGGUUUGCUAAAGCUGUUACAAACAAGUGGCUUUUAUACCUCAUGUGUGAGGGCGAGCCUGAGAUUGUCAUUUUGGCGACGAAGAUCAUGGCUCGUUUGAUAGUAAUCCACGGGGCCAGCUACAGCAAGAAGUUCAACGAUAAGACUGGCGGUUAUAUUAUAAUGCGACAUUAUCUAAAUAAAUGGUGGAGCAUCCCAAUAAUGUGGCCUAUCUGCUUUUCUAUACUAUUUGGUGUUGAUAUUGGCAAGGCCAAUGUUGAUAAACCAUUUGAUCAGCUUUCUCUUUCCGAGCUUUUCUGCCUCAAUGGGGAAGCCCAGGUUGUCUAUCCUGAGAUGCUCCCAGUCAUCUCCGACAUGUUGCAGUCUGGACUGAAGCAAACAGUAUUCGCCGAGGACUUCUCGAUGGUCAAUGAACAGAACCCCGAUGCUCUCCAGGAUCGACUCGCUCAAAUCACCAAACCGUCCAUGUCAUCUCCUACACCUGCCGGUACUACGGGUGCACAACUGUCGCUUUUAACCUCUGUUGUUGAUUUUUUUGCUCUAGCGCAGAUAAAGUCACAAAGCUACCGUGAAUUUGCAGCACGCCCUGAAUACGUUCAAAGCCUAGUUUCUAUACUUUUCCCCGUUGUUAUCGGCUCCGAUCCCGUGAGUCCGAAUGUUGAAUUGAGCUCUCAUACGGGUAGUCUAGCGUUUGAUGAUCAUAAUUUGGUGUCUCGCCCACGAUCACGAAGGACAUCUGAACUACGAACAACGACUGUCGAACAGCCUGGGAGCCAUGAUGAUAGUGGUGGACCUCUCAGACGUGGUUCAUCUUUCAUCCUAGUCACCUCCGAUCGAGGGAAGCAUAUGCCAUCCUCUCUUCGCAUACGUCGUGCUUUUCCGCAUAUGAGAAUUGAAAGCAAAGGCACGACUAGCCAUCCUUUGAUAACUGCUAUUCUUAAUCUAGCCCUUGCUGUGUUUUCCGAGCAGCUCCUGGAAAGGAAGGAGUUCUCUGGUCUUGGACUCUACCUUAGGACGCCUCCAGGAUUCCCCGAGCACCAGGCGUACUUCAACUCCUGGGUGUUGCGCAGCCUUCUAUCUACACUCCAGGAUGCCAUAUUCUCAAGGGUCGAGUUGUUGUCCGAACCACGCGUGCUAACUAACUUGGGGCGCUUCGCAACGCAUUUAGGGGAAGCAGUCUAUGAGGGUUGGUUUGUUGACGGCGCCACAGCUACUCUUGAAUUCGCAGGAACAAUCUUGGAAUAUCUGCAACGACCUGAGGUCUCGCGCCUAAAAAGUAUACGGCUUUGCAGUCAGGCGAUAGCAACAAUUCGUUCGACAGUAUUUCGUGUGGUUUUAUUGGGGCUAUCAGAAGUUGAUGGUACAGAGGCACUUUCAUUCCUAAAACGGCUCUCAUAUUGGCAGGUAGUACUGCUUUCUGGGGAAACUCAGCCCGAUCAUCUGCAGUUACUGUGCUAUCUUCUCUACACGAAAUUAAUCGACAGGAAUGAAAAUGUACGCCUAGCGACGGCCGGUCUUUUUAGAAUCAUGCUAGUGCAAAAGCCGAUAGAGAUGUCCGCCAUCCUAAGCCAAGCGACACCGCCUUUACAGCAGCGUCUUUCCGGUGGAUUUGAGGCUCUUGUUGGCAUGGAUGAUAUUGCCUUUUUGCAAUGGGUGGACGACCAGGACGACGAUCUGAACGCUCUGUUCUUCGGAAUCCUAUCAAAAGCUUGGGAAACUUUUGUCCAAGAAGAAAAUACGAGUUCAGAGUCAUCAGCUCGCACUCGAAUUUCUAGGCGUCAAGAAAAGCUGAAACAGUGGGGCCAGGUGGAAAAGCUCGGUGAAGAAGUGAUACGCAAGCACGAGGCUACAUUCCCUCACUGGGUAUCGAACAUAUCAGCCUCAGAGUUUCUGAAGUAUCAAAGAGCACUACAGGAUCAAGCGGAUAGUUCCACAUUUAUGUGGGCGGCACUGGCGCAUCUGAAUAUGGACUUGCGACGUUAUGGGGGUGUUUUUGCUGAACAGAAGGAGCGAAGAUGGCGCCUUGACCAAACUGAAGGGCGAAGCCGUAUGCGACUACGUACUGUGCCGGAUGAUUCAGGGGAUCGUCAAGAUUAUCAACCGAAACGGAAGGCUUCAGAGCCUCCGGCGAUGAGGUUAGACACGAAUGUCACAUCUUCAAACGGUGACUCUCUAGGUCUGACUCCCACUGCCAUGGCUGCCGACCACUCGGAGGGCAAUCCUCAGGGUAUUGGUCCCGACAGUAGGAGCGUAUUUGAAGAAAGCUUCGAGAUGAUUGACGACCCGAAGGCUGAUCUUGAAGAAUAUGAAGACAAGAACAGAAAGGUCAUGAGAAGCCUUCACCGUGGUGACCAAGUCGAUAGCGUAUGCAACAUGUCUCGCAUUGUCGGAUUGGAGGCAUGUGAAGGCCUUUUAAUCCUUGGGAAAGACCACAUCUACAUUCUAGAUAACUUUUUCCAGAGGUCAGAUGGCGAGAUUGUCAAUGUCUGGCAAGCUCCUACAGAGGAACGAGACCCUUAUGUUCGCAUGAUCACUGGCCGGGAAUCCAAUGAACGUAAAUCACAGGAGCAUGAAACUAGAAGUUGGAAGUGGUCGGACCUGAUCAGCGUCUCCAAGAGGCGGUUUCUUUUUCGUGAUGUGGCCCUCGAAAUAUUCUUUACCGACGGAACUAGCUAUUUGCUGACCCUCAUCUCGUCGCCCGCUCGGGAUAACCUUUGCAGCCAACUUGCAGCUAAGGCGCCGCAAGUGACAGGGAGCGUUGGCCACUCGCGACCGGAAGAUGUCUGGAGAUUCGAAACCCUUCGGAGCCCGGAAGAUGCACCUCAGUCUCUUGGGUCAAGAUUUGCCAGUGUCUUUGGUCAUUCACCGGCGCAUCCUGCAACCCGGAAGUGGGUGAAGGGUGAAAUUUCUAACUUUCAUUAUCUCAUGCUUAUCAACACCCUCGCUGGAAGGACAUUUAACGAUCUGACCCAGUACCCUGUUUUCCCUUGGGUGCUUGCUGAUUAUACAAGCGAGGAGCUGGAUUUGACUAACCCACAAACCUUCCGUGACCUAUCGAAGCCUAUGGGUUGCCAAACUCCUGAGCGAGAGGGCGAGUUCAGAGAACGAUACAAAGCUUUCGCAGAGAUGGGGGCGGGCGAUUCUCCUCCAUUUCAUUACGGAACUCACUAUUCUUCAGCAAUGAUUGUCAGCUCAUAUUUAAUCCGUCUUCAGCCGUUUGUAAAGUCAUACCUCUUACUUCAGGGUGGCACAUUCGAUCAUGCUGACCGUCUUUUCUACUCUAUUGGAAAGGCUUGGGAAUCCGCUUCACGCGGGAACAUGUCGGACGUGAGAGAGCUUAUACCCGAAUUUUUCUACCUCCCUGAAUUCCUCGUCAAUUCCAAUAAAUUUGAUUUUGGAGUCCUACAGAACAUGACUACUGCGAUUGAUUCUGUGGAAUUGCCACCAUGGGCCAAGGGCGAUCCAAAAAUCUUUAUCCAAAAACAUCGUGAAGCGUUGGAAAGCCCUUAUGUGACUCAGAAUCUGCACCAUUGGAUUGACUUGGUAUUUGGUUGCAAACAGAAAGGCGAGGCCGCCAUUGAAGCGGUCAAUGUUUUCCAUCACCUGUCAUACCAAGGGGCCAAAGAUGUUGAUGCUAUCGACGACCCUGUGGAACGACUAGCUACAAUUGGCAUCAUUCACAACUUUGGGCAGACACCAUACCAGAUCUUCAAUCGCCCUCACUCUCAGAGGGAGGAUGUACGACACAAGGUCGCACGACUGGAUCGCCUCGCCGAGUCUCUUACACAGCAGCCACUUUCACUUCUAGACAUCGGUGAACGGGUAUCUUCGCUUUCAAUGAAGCAGGAUCGAUUGUUGUGUGCUGCAGCUCUCAGGUUAAAUAUCCCACCGGCUUAUGAUAAGUAUAUGGAAUGGGGCUUCUUCGAUGGUAGUGUGAGAUUCUAUUCCGCGGAUAGUCGAAAGCUUCUUGGACACUUCGAACAUCUUCAUAUUGGCCAGCUAUCAGCUGCAGUAUUUGCAGAUUCUCGUACGCUAGUCACCUCAGGAGCAGAUUGUACCGUCUCGACAUGGACCUUCACCUCCACAGCAAAGUCUGUAGAUUUGCAACCUGCAGGAUCUCUCUUCGGACAUCGCUCGCCUGUCACGGUCUUAGCAGUGUCGCGGUCAUUUAGUGUUCUUCUUUCUGCGUCUACUGAUGGUCAAAUCAUGCUUUGGGAUCUCAACCGCCAAACCUUCGUUCGCGAGCUUCCGGCCAAAGGACAUGUAGAUUGUGCGAGAAUCAACGAUGUGACAGGGGAAAUCGCAGUCUGUCGGGGAAGUCGUAUCAGCCUCUACACACUCAAUGGAGCACUAUUGCUAGACCAGGCUGUGUGCGAGUCAGACGAUGAUCAAGUGUUGUCCUGUGUCUUCUACGAGGGCAUCAACAAUGAGUGGCAGGAGCGAGAGCUUCUCUUCACUGGUCACCGGCGAGGUGUCGUCAAUAUAUGGAGUAAAAUCGUUCACAAUGGACGUUUCGAGUUUGAAUUAAUUCGACAACUUCAUCACACCGACAGCAGUCGUGACAAUGGUGCCAAUAUCUCCUCCGGUAUCAGCUGUAUUCUUACGCUGCCACAUGUGGUCUACACUGGAGAUGAAGCGGGGAAAGUGGUAAGUGCGGUUCGGCCCAACACAUAUUGACAGAAGCUCACCCAAAUAAUAGUAUGAAUGGAGCUGUGUCCAGCGUCGUUAGAAGGAUAUCCAGUGCUCGAUUACACUACCUCCCACACGGCCCGUAUAAACUCACGGUUGGGGUAGUCGGAUAUAGCGUACUCCCUCUUUUCCAUCCUGCCCAUUUUCCUUUCUUAUUACUUCCUUUCCUGGUUGCGUCUUCCAGCCAUACUCCAUUUUUCUUUCUUCUCUUCUUUGCGGCUUUAUAUAUUUGUGGCGUGGGACAUGACGAAUGAUUAUAUACUGGUUUACAAAAUAUAGAUGGCGGCGGUUAAAUUAUCCCGAAAGGGAAAGCCAAAAGUUUCCGGUGGGACGGUUGGGUCUUAUGGUAUUCUAUACACUCUAGGUAAUGAAAAGCCAACACCUACAGAUGACAUAUCGUCUAUCAUGAUUUCGCAAUUUGGUUUCGAUAGUAGGCCUACCCUCUCUGUGUUUCUU